UGCGCCUGUCACCCGAAGACACGUGGGCGUCUUAUUUGCUGCGAGACCGCUUCCACCACUUCUUCUUCUCCUCCUGGGAGACGUGCUUCGACUACGAACGCCGCGAGGACAAGACUCUGCGCGAGACCCUGUUCUACUGCGAGGAGUCGCGCAUCAGCAGGGGCAUUUACUGGCUGAUGAGGCCCCUGUGCUUCGUGUCCGCGUCGCUGCUGGCGGUUGCCCUGCUCUCGGUGGCAAGCAACAGCAGCAUGCGAGUCAAGGAACACGGCUGGUGCCUGGCCUGCCACGCCGUGUGCCUCCUGGCCUUCAACCUCGGGCAGGUGGCCUACUUCAUGACAUUAAGUAAUGAGGUGGACUUGGUUUUCCGCGGACCACCCAACCACCUCAUAAACGUGUGCCUGAAAAUAGGUUUCACGAUGUAUUUUCUGUUGAUGGCAGCCAACUGCUGGCUAACCGCACUGUGCAUGAACAUGGCGCUCGGAUUCGGUAAGUUGCAGGUGGCGCGGCCUAGUAGCAGCAAAAACUGGAAAAGGUUUCUAGCGCUCUCUACCUUCGCGUGGGGGCUGCCGGUAAUCAUGACCGGUUUAUACGUCCACGCGUACGAGAGGAAGCAUAUUUUCCGGAAGUGGUACAACCCUACACUGGUGGAAACGCGGACGUGUUUCGAUGAAAGAAAUUAUUUUUAUGGAAUUUUAAAGCCCAGCACUACACUUUUCUACUACGGCCCUGUGAGCGGUUUGGUCCUCGUCAACUUCGUGUGCAUUGCUCGCACCCUGAAGAAAGUGCAGUUCCUGCGGCGAGGCCAUUCCGUGCUUCGCAGAGACGACGACCAACUCCACCACCAGACGGAGGGGCGGAACCCGCGACCAACUAAAGCCCAAAUCAACAAGGCAACGCGCUCUACAAUGGCAGACGCGAAGGCGAUUAGGAUGUACGUAAAAAUGAUUAUAAUGACAGGAAUCUCAGAUAUCUUCGUGGAAGUCAUUGUAUGGUUGACCACCGACGAGGAAAAACGACGUGAAUAUUACGAAGAUCACAUGAUCGCCUACCGUAUCACGGGCUACGUAUUCGACUUCUCCCGGGCGGUGUGCGUCGCGUGGUUGGCAGCCCCGGAGGAGGGCUACCUCAACACUGCGGCGGCGGCGGUGGUGGCCGGGCGACGGCACUACGGAGCCGAAGAGAGGAGCGCGGUAGGGGCGGCGUGUGCCUGGUUGGCCACCCCCGAGGGGGACUUUGGCGUCCUCCGGCAGUGGCUACGCGGA